AUGCUGCAGCUGGCCGACACGGACAUGAGCCAGGGCAACUACUCACUCACUCAGGGAAAUGCUACCACCACCUCUGGACGCAAGAGGGGCAAGUCCAAAAACGCAGGCGAAGGCAGCGAGCGCAAGCGUAAGAAGGCUGCGGCCGCCACUGCGUCGUCAGGGGGCCUGCAGGACUCCGACCUCGGGCCCAGCAUGCAGGGCCUCACACCCAAGCUGGUGUUCAAGAAGGCCAAGAAGCACCUCCACUCCAUGGAGGACGAGGGGCAGAAGCUGCUGUCUCAGAAGCAGGGCUCCAUGGAGCUUGUGGGGGGCUCAGGGCUCGAGGCCAUGGGCCUCCUCCAGGGCUCCUCCGGUGGGGGCAUCAAGCAGGGCCUGUCAGCCACCAGCAACAACUACGAUGACGCCAUGCAGUUUGUGAAGAAGCGUCGCUACCUUCAACAUAUGGCCAACAACGACUAUGGGGUGCCCUCCCUCCACAUGGGCCAGUCCAGCAGUGUGAUUCAGGGCUCGCUGGGCCACCACAACGAGCCCACCCUGGCCAUGCUGGACGCCUUGCCCCUGGACCUCAAGCACCACGACAAGUCAGGCAUCCCAGACGAGGUGCUCCAGAGCCUGCUGGACCACUACAGCCACAAGUCAGACAACACGCACCACCACCACCACAACGACGUGACCUUUGACCUCACCGACAGCAGUGGCCCGCACCACGUGGACCUGCAGCCGGCUGCGCCUGUCACCUCAGAGCUGGAUGACGACUCACCCAACGGCGGCGACAAGCAGGUGGUGAUGAGCGAGUACUCCAAAUUCCUGCUGCAGGCCCUGGAGCGCACCAGCCACAGCGGGCCCUUCCCCACUCUGGGCCCCAGCAGGCCCUUCCCUCUGCUCUCUAGCAGCUCCAGCCCCACGGGGCCCCUCUUCCCUGACAAGCAUGUCUACACUACAUCCCCGCUGGAAUGUGGCUACCCGUCAGCCAUCUCCUCGCCGUUGCCCAUCCCCGCAGUUUCCUCUUCCUUGUUGUCAUCCUCUAAGUCCCACUAUGGCAUGCUGGUAGGCUCCCCCUCCCAGCCGGCCUUCCACCUCAGUGGCCACCAGCAGCUCACCCCCUCUCAGGAGCUUACCGAGCAGCUGGAGAAGCAGCACCACUCCCCUGGGUUCCAGCUCACACCCCAGGAGCUGACGGCUGCCGGCGGAGCCCCCAAGGAGCAGGGUGCCAAGGGCAACAGGAGCAACGGCACCAAUGGCUCCGGCAACUACUCCGACCUGGAUGCACCCAAGGAAGUGGACCUGCGGGCUACCUACCAGAUCGAGAACUUCGCCCAGGCCUUUGGCUCCCAGUUCAAGUCGGGCCGCCAUACCCCACUGGGCUACAGCGCUGACCCCAGGGCCGAGGUCGACCACCGAAUACGGACUACCGUGUCAGAAUUCUCAGGGUAUACCAGUUUGUUAGCUGACGUCAGCGAGCCAGUUAGUACAGGAUCGAAAACCGCAACAAGCCAAAGUUUCAGGUAA